AUGAGGAUCGCCACACUUCAAUUUGCGCCGAAGCUGGGUGAUGUUGAGGGGAACAUCACUCGUGCGAAUGAAUUGUUGAAACGAGGGAAAGUCAUCGCGUGUGAUGGAUCGUCGGAAAGGAUGGAGGUUGGAAUCGACGGUCUACGACCUGAUCUUCUUGUUUUGCCAGAAUUGGCUUUGACGGGAUACAAUUUUCCUUCGCGGGAGGCCAUCAAGCCGUUUCUGGAGACUGCUGGUGAUGGAGUCAGUUUCAGAUGGGCUUGCGAAACUGCCAAACGGCUGCAUUGUAAGGUUUGCAUAGGCUAUCCAGAGAUUGAGAAUUGUCGCGAAGGCUCGGCCUCAACCAAGUAUUACAAUUCGCUACUUGUGGUUGAUGAGUCGGGUACGGUGAUUCACAACUACCGCAAAAGCUUUCUGUUCAUGACUGAUGAGACCUGGGCUGACGAGGGGGAUGUGGAGCUGGGAACUUGUACGCUCCCGUUUUCAUCGUCGAAUGAGUCGUCUGAGCCCAAGAUGGACAGUUCCCAUCAAAGCAGCGAAGAAGAACCCGCUCGUCGACAAGUUCCUACUUCCUUCGGUAUCUGUAUGGACAUCAACCCUUACAAGUUUGAGGCGCCUUACAAAGCCUACGAAUUUGCCAACCGAGUGCGAGAUGCGGGUUCGCAGCUCGUAGUGUUGUCCAUGGCCUGGUUGACGCAUAUGAGUCAGCAAGAAAUGACCAACCUGCGUGGGAAGCCUGACAUGGACACUUUCAGCUACUGGCUCAACCGUUUCAUGCCGCUGAUAGAGAAGAGGAUGCGGCACGUGGGCGACAUUGAUGGCGACUCGCUGCGCACCCCAGAUGAGACCGAGAUCAAGAGGGCGGUUCUCGUCUUUGCGAAUCGCGCUGGAGAAGAGCCCAGUGCAGAUGACACAAAGCCUGCAGCGCGGUAUGCGGGGACAAGCACGGUCAUUGCUGUGACGCAGCGGACUCGGAAGGCUGCAGCCGGGACUACAUCCGGGUUGGAGUCACGAGAGAAGCACCCUGCAGGUAUGAUCGACCUGGAAAAGACCAGUGAGGAUGCGAGCGUGGUCGAUACCAAGAUCGUCUGCUGGGAUCUCUUGGGCGCGGCGGAGGAAGGGAUUUGUUUUGCGGAUACCACGGCAGAGCCCAAAAUGGUGUUCCGGCUGAAGCGCAGAGAAGGUCAAGGCGACUCGGACGAGGAAUCAGAUGAAUCAGAGUAA